GUAACCAUGCAAGCAAACAUCAUCAAUACGUGGCACUCCUUUGUAAAUAUUCCCAAUGUGAUUGUACCAAGUAUUGAAAGGGAAAUAAGAAGGAUGGAAAAUGGAGCGUGCAGCUCCUUUUCUGACAAUGAUGACAGUGCCUCUGUGUCUGAAGACUCAGAAGAUGAGAGCACUGAUGCAAGGGGAUCCUUUAGAAGCAACUCCUAUCAAAGGGAAGGAUCAUCACAGAGGAAGCAGUACCUGCCAGGUACCAUGGCACCUUUCAAUGUGAACAACAGCAGCAAUAAGGAACAGGAACCAAAAGAAAAAAAGAAGAAGAAAGAAAAGAAGAGGAGGUCAGAUGAUAAAAAAGACCCUGAAAAGAACAAAAAGAAGGAAAAGAAAAAGAAAGAAGAGAAGCCCAAAGAGAAGAAAGAGGAAAAAAGUAAAGAGAAGAAAGAAGAACAGAAGAAAGAAGUCGUGAUUAUUGACCCCUCAGGAAACACAUACUACAACUGGCUAUUUUGCAUUACCUUACCUGUGAUGUACAACUGGACAAUGAUUAUUGCAAGGGCAUGUUUUGAUGAGCUUCAAUCUGAUUACAUAGAAUAUUGGUUUUUUUGUGAUUACUUCUCUGAUAUAGUCUAUCUUAUUGAUAUGUUUGUACGAACAAGGACAGGUUAUCUAGAACAAGGAUUGCUGGUGAAAGACAAAGUGAAACUGAUAGAGAAAUACAAGUCAAAUUUCCAGUUUAAACUUGAUGUUCUGUCCGUGAUACCAACUGAUUUGCUAUAUAUCAAGUUGGGUUGGAACUAUCCAGAAAUAAGGUUAAACCGACUGUUGAGGAUAUCUCGUAUGUUUGAGUUCUUCCAGAGAACAGAAACCAGGACAAAUUAUCCAAACAUCUUCAGGAUUUCAAAUCUUGUCAUGUACAUCGUCAUCAUUAUUCACUGGAAUGCAUGCGUGUACUACUCGAUUUCCAAAGCUAUUGGAUUUGGUAAUGACACCUGGGUCUACCCUGAUGUUAAUGAUCCUGAAUUUGGUCGUUUGGCUAGGAAAUACGUAUACAGCCUUUAUUGGUCUACACUGACUUUGACUACCAUCGGUGAAACACCUCCUCCUGUACUGGAUUCCGAGUAUAUCUUUGUGGUGGUGGAUUUCUUAAUUGGAGUUUUAAUUUUUGCUACCAUCGUUGGUAACAUAGGUUCUAUGAUUUCCAAUAUGAAUGCUGCAAGGGCAGAAUUUCAAGCAAGAGUUGAUGCUAUUAAGCAGUACAUGAAUUUUCGCAAUGUAAGUAAAGAUAUGGAAAAGAGAGUUAUUAAGUGGUUUGACUACCUGUGGACCAACAAAAAAACAGUUGAUGAGAAAGAGGUCUUGAGAUAUCUCCCAGAUAAACUCAGGGCAGAAAUUGCUAUCAAUGUUCACUUAGACACACUGAAAAAGGUGCGCAUUUUUGCUGACUGUGAAGCUGGUUUACUGGUAGAGUUGGUCUUGAAAUUACAACCCCAGGUCUAUAGUCCUGGAGAUUACAUAUGCAAGAAAGGGGAUAUUGGUCGAGAGAUGUACAUCAUCAAGGAAGGCAAACUUGCUGUGGUGGCAGAUGAUGGAAUCACUCAGUUUGUGGUAUUGAGUGAUGGCAGCUACUUUGGUGAGAUUAGCAUUCUUAACAUUAAAGGCAGCAAAGCAGGAAAUCGAAGAACAGCCAACAUUAAAAGUAUUGGCUACUCUGACCUGUUCUGUCUCUCCAAAGAUGACCUUAUGGAAGCUCUUACUGAAUACCCAGAUGCCAAAACCAUGCUAGAGGAGAAAGGGAGGCAGAUCUUAAUGAAAGAUGGUCUACUGGAUGUAAACAUCGCGAAUGCUGGCAGUGAUCCUAAAGACCUGGAAGAAAAAGUCACUCGGAUGGAGGGCUCAGUAGACCUCCUACAGACACGAUUUGCCCGGAUUCUGGCUGAAUAUGAAUCAAUGCAGCAGAAACUGAAGCAAAGAUUAACCAAGGUUGAGAAGUUUCUGAAACCACUUAUUGACGUGGAAUUUUCAGCUCUUGAGGAACUUGGUGGAGAAAGUGGGCCCACAGAAUCCACCCAAGACUGA